UAUUUUAUUCAUUCACUUCUUCCUUAAAAUGAAGAAAGUUUCAAUUUUUUUAAUAAAAAAAUCUAGUUCAUUAAUUUCACUAUCCACUCACUCACUCACUUACUCACUCACUUACUCCAUUGAGUAUUCCUGGAAUCUAAUCUAUGGCUGGCAGUGGUAUUGGUGAAGGGAAGAAGUAGAAAGCAACCUUCUAGCUGCUUGCUGCAAAGUAUUCUCUUCCUUCUUCCAAUUACCACUUACUUUUUUAUUUUGAAUUUCUCGGCAUUGAGUUGUUUCAUUAUGAUACUAUACUAUUUACUAUUUUAUAUGUAUGUAUGCUGUUGUAAUCUUUUCUAAAUUGCAACUUGUAACUUCCAGUUUCCUUGGAACUUGUACAACAUGGCCACUUGGUGUUUAAUCUGCUUGUGAUAUUUAUUCCCCUGAUGCAUGUUUCUUCCCUACUUUUUAAUACUUUUCUCUACUCAAAUACAGACAAAGAUUGGUCCAAUAAUGUGUUUGUUUAAUAAGUGAAGUGCCUAUGGCUAAUUGGCUGUUUCCUCUUCUAUCGGUUAUAUUACUGUGAUAUAUUUGUCGAAUUGGAAUUUUUCAUAUAUUUGCCCUGAAACCAAAUGAAGACACACAAUUUCUUGAAGUCCUUUCAUUUUACUUUGGUUAACUCUCUUCUCUUUUUUCCAUGCAAUUUGAGAGCAGAGAAGAGUGAAGCAAACAAUAGAGGAAGUGGAAGCAUUCAUUUAGCUAUGGAUUGGAAUUUGAAAGCACCACCGUCUUGGGAUUUGACAGAAGUGGAUGAGGCAACCUUACCAAACAUAGAAACAGUGGAUGGCUCAACCAGAUUUGGUGUUUACAGAACAAAAGAAGGGGAAUUCUCUGUUGACUUGAAACUUGGCCAGGUUGGGAAUUCUGCAACCGAACCAGUGUUGGUGACUAAUUCAAAUAAGUCCAACAAAGAUGCUGUUGCUGCUGGUGUUGGUGUUGGUGUUGGUGUUGGGGUGUCCAACUCCAAAAUGGUAAUGCAAUCACCUUCCUCAGGGUCAUCAAAGAGAGCUAGAGCCAUUAACAAUGGGACACAGACAGUGUCAUGCCUCGUUGAUGGGUGCAAUUCAGAUCUCAGCACUUGCAGAGACUAUCACAGGCGCCAUAAGGUCUGCGAACUCCAUUCCAAGACUGCUCAGGUCACAAUUGCUGGCCACAAACAAAGGUUCUGCCAACAGUGUAGCAGGUUUCAUUCACUGGAGGAGUUUGAUGAAGGAAAGAGAAGCUGCAGAAAACGCUUAGAUGGACACAACCGAAGGAGGAGAAAGCCACAACCAGAACCAAUCACAAGAGGUGGUAGUUUUUUGUCCAGUUUCCAAGGCAGCCAGUUGCUACCCUUCUCAGGUUCGCAUGUGUUCCCCUCAUCUGGCGUGGUGAAUGCUGGGUGGAGUGCAGGACUUGUUACAUCCUGCGGAGAUGUCAGGCUCCACAGCCACAGCAGCCAGCAACAGCAACAGAUGCACAUGGUUGAUAAACAAGACCUGUUCCUUGGAUCCUCACCAACACCCUACAAUAACAACAAAGAAGGGAAGCAACAACUUGCAUUCUUACAAGUUGAUAACCAUCACCACCAUCAUGCUGGUGCUGCUUCUUCCAUGUGCCUGAGGAACAUGUUCUGUGAUAACACCCUAACAAGCUCGGUUCAUGACUCUUCCUGUGCUCUCUCUCUUCUGUCAUCACCACAGACAACACACAAUCCUGGGAAUGGAUUGAACCAACUGGUGCCGCAGCCUCACACUCAUCAUACUCAUCACUCUUCCCUGAUGCAACAAUCCUUAGGCCUCAGCCUCCACGAUAGCAGCAGCAUGGAGUCGGUGGACCCGGUUAUGGGCCACAGUGAGACUGAACAUUGUUCCUCAAUGUAUAAUAUGGAUUCUCAUGGAUCCCAUGGGAGUGAUCCCCCUCAACUAUUCCCCUUUCAGUGGGAAUAAAGACUCUGACACUCACCCUUUUGCUUGUUUUCAUUAACUUCGAAUGAAUUUUUGAGUUAUCAUUGUAUCUUUAAUCUUUAAUGAAGUUGAUGUCUAUCCCACAAGGAAAAACAUUGGCAUGAUUUUUUUUUUCUUUUUUGGUUAAAAGCGACGAGGUUGCCACGCUGCGCAUGGUCCACAAUUUACAGCACCCAUUCAAUGUAUUUUAUAAUCUUAUGUGUUUAAUUAUAUUGGGAAUUUAAUUGGCUUUA